AUGCCUCCUAUAUCCCCCUCGCCGCGUGUGGUCCCUAGGCGCCUCCGUUCCAGCUUGAAGCCCGGCCAGGAGCGCUUGGUUUAUUCCGACACCGGCAUCCUCCAUGGCCAAGCUCCUAUCAUGAAGACAAGAGCGCAGCUAAGUCUCGAACAGAAUCUACAGGCACUUCAACAUGGGCAGCCUUCCACCGCACCGACCACGAGCCAGGCGGCAAGCAGCCGUACGAAUAAUACCCGAACUGCUCGCAAGAAAGUUCGUGAUGCCAAACCUCGCUUGUUGCUGAUGGGAUUACGCAGAAGCGGCAAGUCCUCAAUAUCAAGUGUUGUUUUUCAUAAGAUGCCACCCACGGAAACCCUCUUCCUCGAGUCAACUACACGGAUCCAGAAGGACUCGAUUCACUCUUUUAUGGAUUUCCAGAUCUGGGAUUUUCCCGGGCAAUUGGAGUAUCUAGAACCCUCCUUCGACCUCGAGGAAAUUUUUAGCAAUCUGGGGGCCCUUGUCUGGGUUAUUGACGCUCAGGAUGACUAUUAUGAUGCCGUUGCACGUUUGAAUCGGACCAUACUGAUGAUCCAACAAUAUUAUCCACACAUUAACGUUGAAGUGUUCAUUCACAAAGUCGACGGCUUAUCUGAGGAAUUCCGAUCUGACAUCUUUCAAGAUAUUGUUCAGCACAUCACUGACGAGCUUAGCGAUGCCGGAUAUGAAAAUGCCCCUGUUCACUUCUAUCUCACUUCCAUUUACGAUUAUUCCGUCUUCGAGGCCUUUAGCAAGGUUAUUCAGAAACUCAUACCUCAACUAUCGACCCUUGAAAAUCUUAUCAACAUCCUUGCCAACAAUUCUGGCAUGGAGAAAGCCUACCUUUUUGAUGUUCUCAGCAAGAUUUAUAUUGCGUCAGACUCGCGGCCUGUGGAUAUGGCAUGUUACGAAAUGUGCUCUGAUUAUAUUGAUGUGAUCGUUGACAUUAGCGAGUUGUACUCAUGGGAACAUCCUGACCGAAAACCGCUGGGCCCCCAGAUUUCUGAGGCAGAAAGCCAUGUCAUAUUGCAUGAUAAGACUAUGAUCCAUCUCAUGGAAAUGAACAAGUAA